CAAGACAAAAUCCUUUUGUUAAAUAUGAUGAUAUGCAUUUUAAAAACAGGUACAGAAUGAGGAAAGAAACUGCUCGGUUUAUCAUACAAUUAGUAGAGGAAGAAUUAGGUAAUUUUGAAAAUAACAGGGGAUUACCCAUAAACACAGAUAUACAGGUUCUUGCUACGUUAAGAUAUCUAGCUAAAGGUGCAUACGGAACAGAAAUUGCUGAUCAUCAUGGCAUUUCACAACCUUCAUUAAGUAAAAUAGCAAAACGAGUUGUAGUUGCUAUAGCCAGACAUAGAGAAAGAUUUAUUUCGUUUCCGGACUAUGAUGAACAGCAGAGUAUUAAAGCAGAUUUUUAUCGAAUAGCAGGUUGCCCAAGAAUUGUCGGUGCAAUUGAUUGCACUCACAUAAAUAUAAAAAAUCCAGGAGGUGACUAUCCCGUUUUGUUUAUAAACCGUAAGGGAUAUUAUUCGCUUAAUGUACAGGUCGUUAGUGAUAGCAAAUGCAGAAUUAGAGACAUUGUAGAACGAUGGCGGGGUAGUACGCAUGAUUCACGUAUCUGGAAAGAGUCUUCGUUGAAGAGAAGAUUUCAGGCAGGUGAUACUACAGGCAUAUUACUGGGUGACAAUGGAUAUGCAUCAACCAGAUAUUUGUUGACACCUGUGUUAAAUCCAGUUACAAAUGCUGAAAAUAGAUAUAAUAGAGCACAUUGUUCGACAAGGAAUGUUGUUGAGAGGUUGUUUGGUAUUUGGAAAAACAAAUUUAGGUGCUUUUUCAAUGGUCUAAAUUUAAAGUUGGAAACAACAAAAGCUGCAAUUGUCGCAGCAGCUAAUGUACACAAUAUAAUUAUUAAUGAUAAAUUAGAAAACGAACGUCAAGAUUUAUCAGAUGAUGAUAAUGAUGAUGAACACCCAGACGCUGAGGAUUUCAGAGUAGAAGUAGAAGAUAAUGCUCAAGGAAAUAUAUUUAGGAGACAAUAUAUUCAACGUUAUUUUAAUUAAUUGUUAAACAUAUUGAAAUAUUUGAAA